AUGCAUCCCCGCCCUGAGCUCUGCUUUGACGGCACAUCGGCUGCUAUCGAAGACGACGACGAGCAUCAAGAUCAUCCUGAGGAAGCCAACACUACUGACCCUCGAGACAGCACUGCCGAAAUUGCGGCCAACGCCCCACGAUAUCGCCGCAAGAGCUCGACUUUCAUCGAUGGCAUUCACGAUGUACCUGAAGACCAGGAUAUGGCGCCGGCCCAGCUCUACAGCACCAUGUCUGGACGACUCUUCCACUCGGGCCGCAUCGCCAUUGUAAUGGCAUAUUUGCGUCUCCCUGGCACGAUAUCUUGGAUGGUGAGGACGUUCCUGUCGAAGCAGCUGGUGACUCGUAUUGACGUAAGCAGGCUCGGUGUGAAGACUCGUAUUUUCCAUCUCGGCGACUAUCGUCGGGCGACGGUCGGCGACGGUGGUGCUGUCCCUGAAGAUUACUUCUUCCCCAACGCCUCACCGGCAUCCGUCAUCUUGCGGCAGAAGAUUCUCAAGAAGUGUCGCGAGGACAUCUACGCCUGGCUCAAUCACGAGAACGGCCAAGUCGCUAUUUACGACGCCGUCAACCCGACCGCUGGAGGUCGUCGCUCGCUGGCCAAGGAGUUUGCCAAGCAUGACGUUCAGUUUUCCGGCAUGGAUCCCGACGACGCCGCCGAGCUCUAUUUGAAGCGCAUUGACAUGAAGAUCCCCACCUUUGAGAUCAUGGAGGAGAAGGAACUGAACUACAUCCGAAUGAUCAACGCCGGUCGCCGGUUCUUCUACAACAAUCUCUCAUUCAACUACCUGUCUCAUCGCAUCGUCUUCUACCUCACAAACUUGCACAUCAAGUCACGCACCACCUUUUUCGCGCGAGCAGGUACCACAACCGAAGAGGACUCGUACAAAGCCGACGCACCGCUCUCCGAACAGGGCAAAUCCUACGCCGCCAAAAUGUCCGAGGUCCUCAUCAAGCACCGCGAGCAAGAGCGGGCGGCUCUGGUCGAGAAACAGGGGGCCAACGUCCCCUUGCCACCCCUGACCGUUUGGACGUCGACUCGCCUUCGCACGGUGCAGACCUCGGACUACCUCAGGGACAAAGGCUACAAAGUCCGUCAGCGCUCGCAGAUGAGCCAGAUCAACCCCGGCGUGUGCGAGAAGAUGGCUGAACGAGCCAUCCGCACCAUCUAUCCGGAGGAGGUAGAGAAGCACGAACUGGACCCAUAUCAUCACCGUUACCCCCGCGCAGAGUCCUACCACGACCUCGCCGUUCGCCUCGAGCCAAUCAUUCUCGAGCUCGAGCGCGAGCAGAAUGACCUCCUCAUCAUCGCUCACGAGUCGGUCCUGCGCGUCCUCUACGCCUACCUCAUGCACUGCUCCACAAUGGACAUUCCCUUCCUCAAGUUCCCGCGCGACGAGAUCAUCGAGAUCAUCCCAGCCGCCUACCAGAACGAGGCCAAGCGCAUACACAUCCCGGGUAUCGACCCCAAGAUCACCCCCGGCUCGCCAGAGGACAUCCGGAUCCCCGUCCCCGGCAGUAUCCCCGGCUCCGGCACCGCCAGCGGCGCGCUGAGCCCCAUGCCCGGUCUCUCGUCCCCCGCCGAGCCUGUGGAAAGGCCGAUCGAGAAGGUUGUCAACUUGACCAAGGAGACUGUUGCCGACAAGGUGCAUGAUGAGGAUUAAGCUGUUCAGUGCAGGUUUACACGGUGUCAAAGCUCGCAUGGCAGGAACGAGUCUGAAGGUACAAGGCAAGACAAACAUCAGCCUCUCAGAUCUGCUCGGGUCUGCAAUCGGGAAACACGCGUGUCACCAAUCAACUGUUGGAGUUUUUGUUUCAAGAUGAACAAGAUAGGCUGAUGAUUUUCAUGACAACCAAAUGCUUUAUUACGUCCAAAGG